UAAUGGCCGCCACCAUGUUAGAAAAAAAAAAUUGCUUUUGACAGUAGUUGGAACUCGCAUUUGAGUUUCCAUCGAAACAUGACAAGUAAAAUGCACUGGAUAUUUUUAUUGCUGCUUGCAAUUUCAAUGAAAUGCUGGUGUGAAGAUGGUCAUGAAAUGGAAGAGUUUCUGAAGAGGGAGUACUCGCUGACCAAGCCGUACCAAGGAAUCGGCUCCUCCAGCUCAUCCCAUUGGGAACUGAUGGGUGACGCCAUGAUAACUACGGACCACGUGCGGCUGACGCCUGACAUGCAGAGCAAGCAGGGGGCAGUGUGGAGCCGCAUUCCCUGCUUCCUGCGCGACUGGGAGCUGCAGGUGCACUUCAAGAUCCAUGGCCAGGGCAAGAAGAACCUGAAUGGCGAUGGGCUGGCGGUGUGGUACAGCAAGGAGCGCAUGCAGACGGGUCCGGUGUUUGGAAAUCAGGACAUGUUCACCGGCCUGGGAGUGUUUGUGGACACCUACCCAAAUGAGGAGAAGCAGCUGGAGGCGCAGAAGAGGAGGUAUACCCCUCGCACACAGAGGAUCUUUCCCUAUGUGCUGGCCAUGGUGGGCAACGGGAGCCUGUCCUAUGACCACGAACGGGACGGCCGGCCCACUGAGCUGGGGGGCUGCACGGCUGUGGUGCGAAACCUGCAGCACGACACCUUCCUCUUCAUCAGAUACGUACGCCGCCGGCUGACGGUCAUGAUUGAUGUUGACGGGCAGCACGAGUGGAAGGACUGCCUGGACAUCCCGGGGGUGCACCUUCCGCAGGGAUACUACUUCGGGGCGUCGGCCGUCACCGGGGACCUGUCAGAUAACCAUGACUUGAUAUCCAUGAAGCUGUACCAGCUGACCGUUGUUCGCAGUAAAGAGGAGGAAGAGCAGGCGGCGAAAGACGACGAGAUCACGGUUCCCAGUGUGGACAAUAUAGAGCUGCUCCAAGGGGAUGUCGCAGAGGGAAAGAUGAGUGGGGUGGCGCUCUUCUUCACUGUGCUCUUCUCCCUGUUGGGCUGCAUCGUGCUGGUGAUCAUCGGCCUCGCCCUCUACAGCCACUGGAGCGAAAACAGCCGCAAGCGUUUCUACUGAGCGAGGAUUGGGGGGGCGGGGGGGGGGGGGCUAGCGCACUCUCCGGAGAUCAAAGAUAAAACUGAGAUGGGCUGCAGUACAGUGUCAAUUCUGACCCCCACCAUCGCCCCUCCCCCCUGGGACAGGACAGCAGGUUACUGGCCUCGGUAACAAAGGAGAGCUCCUUCAUCUCAGCAUCACUUCCUUUGACCCGCCCUCCUCCCCAACCCCAAACCCCUUCCUCUGCCCCUGCUUCUGCUAUAUUUGAAACUGGAGCAGCAGAAAGCCCAAACUGGGUCUGCCAGAUGGUUCUUUUCAAUCUACCCUGCCAAAAAACAGAGCAAGUCCUCCCCCCACCCCCAAAACAAAAUGAUCGUCCUGCCCUAAUGUUAUGAGGUUUGGGGCAUAGAGUGUGUAUGUGUGUGUGUACGGUUGCGUGUUUGUGUGUUAGUUUACACUGGUGCAACAGGAUACCAUCAUCCUUAUUCUUAUGUUAAGUCUUUGUCUGUGUCUAGCAGAGGAGUGUUUUUAUUAUAUCUGAUGGUAUCUCUCUCUCUAAAUCCUACCACGUUCCUUGUAUGAGAUUUUCGCCUCCAUGCUUCAACUGACAUGUCAUGCUGAAAAUUGCCUCCACUGUCUGGUGCUGCAGUUUCCUUAAAGCCACAUACUGGAUUUAAGUUCUUACAAUCCACACCAGACCUCGUGGGAGCUGAGUGCAGAGCGUGUUUCCCCCCAAGUUAUCGUGUGCAGUUAAGACACAGGAGAAUCAGUGCUCCAAUGCUCACUACAAACCCCCCCCCAUGAAAGCUAUAUGAUUUUACAUGACUGCCUUGUGUAAUUUCUCUGGAUCUCUGUGUUGUGUAGUCGUGCAUGAAGAUGUACAUCUUUGAAACCACUGUUGCGUUUACCGCAUGUGUCACAGCUCUGGGAAUGGAGAAGUAAGUUGCAUGUACUUUUUUUUUUUUUUCUUUCUUUUUCUUAAUCAUGACUGUGAUGCUGGAGAGACUCUGGGUGGAAAGGCGGAUCUGAAAUAAUUCCCUAGCAGCUCUCUUAGCUGCGACACAAGGCAGAUUUCACAGUAGAAGGUGUUCGGUGAAACUCCCGCUGAAAUCAUUUCCAUGCCCAGCUUGGAGACGUCUACGCUAAUGCAGCACAUAUGGUCUUGUGUGUGAGACUCAUGGUAUAGAAAGUCAAAAGUAUAGGCUAAGACUUAAACGGCACUUCCCUUCAAUCAGGUAAUGUUAUAAAUUGCCGUUCUCAGCAUCAGAUUAUUAUUAUUAUUAUUAUUAUUUUCUUCCCCAAGGUGCCUCUCAGUUUGCAUUGUGGUGUAGGGUUUCCCUUCUGAUAGAUGCUGGUACCAGGCUGUGUUUGUAAAAAAAAAAUAUAUAUAUUUUAACCACCCUGGUUACACUCUGCUGAACUUGCUACCCUGAAUUCUCUGCUGUUGUGCAUCUCGGUGCACUCAGAAGUCUGGAACCGUGGAACAUCAAACGGGUGUAGCUCGAUACCUGGUUAAUUUUAGAUUUGGGGCCUAGAUGAAUUGUUGUUUUAUGUCUAGCGUUCGCUCCGUGCCGUGUCUCGCUUGGAGAUCCGGUCUGGGAGCCAGGUUUACGUAAACCUUCUGACACCAUACAGCAGCUGUCUUGCUUGCCGCUUUCGGGUCAUUGUUACGUUUAUGGUUAGGAACAGGGCAGCCCUUCAGUGAAGAACACCGUGUUCCACCCCUUGAGCUCACAAAAAGCCCCGGGAGACCCUGAUGAUCACACUCGCCUGCUCCUGCGAGGGAAACCCUUCCAGCUUUGGUUACUUAGUCGUGUUUGUUUGUUUUUUUUUUUGCCUACUUAGGUCUGUGAGCACAGUGGUUCUGAAAAAUAAGGUUUAAAUGACACUUAGGGCUAUUACAUAACUGGAUAAGCCUCUCAUACCUAAGACCACUAAAGACCUUCACAGCCUUACUGUUUAGAUUUUCAGACAUUCUGAACCACUCGUGAGCUGUGAUACUAGCAUGACAGGAGUAGGGGUUGCUUUCCAGACGGCGAAAACAUGCGGUGUUCAGUAAAAUAAUACGACCACAUUCUCUGAGAGGACCAGCAGGCUUUAAUAUCAUGGGGUUUCUCAGGGUACGGUGCCAAUGGUUUGAAUGUUCACCCUAAUGCAUAUUGAUUGAUCUCUGUGUUCAGUAUUUUUCGUCAGCUGUGGAAUUAAGUGUCCUGAAGCGAAGUGAGCCUUUUGAAUGCUGUCACCAGCUUAAUGUCUGGCCACCAGUGAUCACCUUCUGGAACAAUGUUCAGUACUAACUAGUACAUCCUGAAAGUUUUUAUUUCAUAUGCACUGAUUUGUCGUUUAUCUUCCCUGUCUGCUGCAGCACGUUGGAUAUUUGUGGAUCGAGCACAUUUGUACUGUCAGGAGUCUUUUUUUUUUUUUUUUUUUGUCAUGUUAUUUAAUAAAGGGGAGGGUUUUUAAACAAUAA